AUGAACAAGUUGCGUCGAGUCUGGGAUAAUGCAGCUAAUGCCGUGUUUUACAAGCUCAAAACCAAUGAUAAUGAGCUUAUACGUGCUGCGAGCAACGCCAGGGAUCGUGCACAACAGAUAGCUGCUGAUGCAGCGAAUACUGCCAAGCAUCGACUACAGUUGAAUGCAAAGGAAGUCAAGGACGCUGCCCAAUAUAAAAUGAAAGAUAUGCAGAAGAUAGUCAGUCACAAGGUGGAGAAAGUAAGUACUUCAGCUAUCACCAAGGCCCGUGGUGUCGGCAACACGAUGCUGCACAAUUUGCGCUGCAACCAGGACUAUGCCACGCGUCAGUUGAAAGAAAACGCCAAGAUACUGCAGCGCUCGGCGAGUGACACUGUCAUCAAUAUAAAGCAGCGCACACAGCAGAAUGCAAUCGAUGCAGCUAGCGCUUCUCAGGAGCGUGCUCGAUCUUUUGUGUCCAAGACCGUCGGAAAGCUAAAACGUACGUCGUCAUCGACGGUAGAGGCAAAUCAUCUACGGAGGAGCGCCCGCAGAGUGCGCAAUAAACUGUUAGUGCUGGGAUUUGCCGGCGUAUUUCUCUACGGCUUUGGGUCGGCCAUGCCUUUUGCCAUGGCGAAGUACGCAGUGGAGAGAGCUAAACUCGCGGAGGUGGUAGCACCGACAGACGAUGCCGCUGCAUCUGCUGUGAAGAAGUGA